GUCCUGAAUUUUGGAGCCUCCACCGUCGAGAUGUCAAUGCAAAUUGGAGAGCGCCUGUCAACGCUCAGCUUAGAGGAUGCAGAAGCCACCACGGAACAGGACAAGAACAUGAUCACCCAGCUCGUGCUGCAAGAGAUGGAGAGCUUCGGAAAGAUCAACACCGUCCUCCGAGAGCACAUCGGUCAUGCUCUGGGCAUAUGCCGCGAUCGGGUUGACGAUGACUUCGACACCUUGUUUGUCAAGCUUGGCACUUUGGAUGAGGACAAGCUCCACAUUGCGCGGGCGAGAAGGGCGAGUGAGCACGGGAGUGAGCACGGUACGAGCCCGAGCGGUGUGCGGAUUUGA